AUGGAAAUCAAAGUUCGUAAACCGUUCUUCCUUAAUUUCAAGAAAGUGCCUACACCAUUGAAGAUUUUCUGUGACAACAUUUCUGGUUCUCUCAGAGAUUUUCAGUUGUUACCAUCCUUGGAAGAGUUCUCAUACCUGCUGGGACUUCCUGUACUCGAUCAAAUCCCUUAUACUGGUAAAGAAGAAGACCCAAAGUGGGAAGACAUUGCUGCUUCCCUACACCUACCAAAAGCUGAAAUUGAGAAGGUUUUGAUUAGUAAGAAAGAAUAUUCUGGAUUACCCCUUGACUUCCUCAACGAAAAAGCGGAGAUUUUUGCUAAGGCUUCAAGCAUGGAUGCUUUAGAGGGUGUUUUAUCUUUGCUAAUUUAUGGACAGGUCCUAUUCCACCAUUAUGAUAAAAUUGUUGAUGUGGCUGCUAUCAAGAUAUUCCUCAGUAAGAGCCCCGUUCCAACCCUACUUGGUGAUUUAUUACACUCUAUUCAUUUUCGAGCGUCAAAAAGGAAAGGUUGGGUUCUUGGAUGUGCUCCUCUGUUGCAUAAGUGUUCUUCAUGGGAAGCUGCUAACAAUGCAACAAAGAAGGCUGACACCCUUAAGCUUGAGCGUUCGAAGAACCAGCAAGAAUAUGAAGAUUGUGAGGCGAAUAUCAAAUCCUGGAAACAGGAAAUUGAGCAACUCAAAGGGAAGAUAAAGGAUGCCCAGUCUCGUCAAGUAGAAAUCCAAAAGACCAAUCAAGAUGAAUUAACUGAAGUGGCGCAGUCAGGGAUUCGACACUUCGAGUCAGCACAGAAGCCAACAGAUUCAUAUGAAGCUAAGAAAAGAGAUCACUUCAUUAAAGCCUGGUCAAAAGUAAAGAAAUUUGGUGCAAAAGACAUAGGGAGGAGAAACUACAUUCCAUUGGACCCAUACUUCCAAUGGAUUUAUGAUCGAGUUGUUGAAUUUGGGAUGCCAUACCCAUCUGAUACACCCAUAGUACCAAGAAUCGCCCCUCCUACUAUUCUUGUUGUGUUCGAACCAUAUGUCCCUUCUCCAAAUGAAGACCUUGUUGCAACUGUCAACCAAUUGAAGAGAGAAAUGGGUGACUUUGAGAGACGUUUACGAGAAGCUAAAACUGAGAAAGAAGUAUUGAUAGCAAAUGCUAAAGAGCGGGAGGCUCUACUUGACUAUUUUUCCCGCAAAUGGAAGAUUGAAGAUUUUAUUUCUCCGGAUCAGAUCAACUCAUGGGAACAGGAGAUUUCCAGGCUUGUCCAAGAACGAGAAGAGAUGAUCAAGACACACAAGGAAGAAGUCAGGAUCCUGAAAAGUAAGCGCCGUCAAGAAGACAGAAGUCCCGGAAUUUAG